CUUUUAUGCCAACUUACUGACUCAUUUCCAUAAACAGCAAAAAGUUAAAAGAAAAAACAUAGAUACACACUCUCUCUGCAGUCUGCACAGAUUGACUCGUUAUAUAGACAGGCAAGAACGUAUCUUUUAUUUCCUUUUAGAGAGAGAAAUUGAAGACAUAAAUGCCUGAGAGGAAAACAGCUCCCAGCAAAGAGAUGCGCUUGGGGGUUGGUUUUUGAUGGGAAAAGGAAACGUCCUCUUGGGUUGAACAAGAGUUUCUUCGUCUACUCAAACCUGGCAAGGUUAAUUAUUUGUAUUUUCUGUUGUCUGCCAUAUCUAAAAUGGGAGAUGAACUGAAAUUCCAGCAGCGGUGGGAGUAUAGAAGGAGGCACAGUGACUUUGAUUCUUCAAGCAAUGAUUCUAAAUACAGUUUAGGUGGUGAGCCAGCUUGUAAGAAGCACAAACUGGCCUUGGUUCCCAUUGAUAACGGUGAAACCAGUGAGGUUAGCAGAUUUGGGAAGAAAGGCAAGAAUGAUCCUGGCGUUUCAGGUAAAAAUGAACAUGGAACAGCUAGAAAAGGGAAAAGAGGACAAAAUAAAAAGGAAAAUUUAUCUACAAAGAGGGGAUCUCGUAGUCGCAAAGAAAUCUCUCGGAAGGGUAAAACUAAUAAUGCUAGUGAAAAUGCUGCCUUGAAUGAUCUCAAAAGUUAUAUGCAUUCUUUGUUAGAAGAACUUAAAGUUACCAGAAAAAAUUUGUUAUCAUGGAUGAGGGAAGAAAUGCAGAAACUGGUGGCAGAGGAGAAAGAUUCUGAGUCAGAAAGGAAAGAAGUCAUCUUUGAAGGAGAAAAAGUCCAAUCUCAGUACCAGAACAAUUCUGAAGAGAAUGCAGAAGUUCAGUACCAAAACCUCUUUGGGAAGAACAUCCAAGUCCAACCUCAAAACAAACUUGCGGAGUAUGGUCAAGCGCAUAACCAAAGCAAGUUUAAGGAGAAUGUGCAUAUGCAAUACCUAAUCAACUUGGAGGAGAACAUUGGAGUACCUCAAAAGAACUCUCAGGAAAAUGUUCAACUGCAGAAUCGGAAUAAGGUCAGAUCCUCAACAAGAGCUCGGACUUGUAAUGGCAGACCUCCUAAGAGGUGUAGUAAAAGCAAGAAAUCAGUUGAUUCUGAUACUUAUUCUCCAAUUCUUGAAGAUCAGAUUGACUAUAGCCGAGCUAUUGUGCUUGUGGAACCAACUGAAGAGAAUGGAAAAGAGAGAUUGGCAUUGGCUGACAAGUCAAAUUCCAAGUCCAGUGUCACAGACCAGAAUAUGCAGCAACAGAAGAGCAUUGUUUUGGCCAUAAGAGCUCAAAAUGGCAAUAGUGGAUCUUCAUUGAAGUCUGCAAAAGGCAAAAAAACUGCUAAUUCUAGUAAUCACUUUCAACUACCCGAUUAUCAAGUUAAUUACAGCCGAACUAUUGGAUCCAUAACUUCAGCUGAGAAGGACAAGGGAGAAAGGUCAGGAUUAUCUUUAGAGCCAACUUUUACAUGUGAUUCCUUCAGUCAGGCAGCUUCAUCAAUGUACUUAACAUUACCAAGUGUCCUAACAAAAACCCAUUUUCCAAUUCACAGGCCUGAUACUUCUUCAUUUAGCUAUCUUCAGCAAAGAACUGCUCAGAAUCAGCCAGCCAUUAGUUCAGAAAGAUCAAAUAUGAUGUUUGGUUCGAGUAGUCAUCUUGGAUACUUUCAAGGCAUGCAGCCUGCAGAAGAAAGAAGUAGAAACUACGCUAAACUUAGCUCUAGAGAUAUCAGUUUCUUCAACCAGAACAGUACUACAACUUCAAUUCUUGGAGAUGGAUUCACAGUUCCUCUCCAGACUGUGAGUGGGGGUUUUAGCAUGCCAAAUCAAUUUGACAUGGAAAAUCUACCGCGAGAGAAUAACAACACACUUGGUUUGACAAUGAAUGGAGGAGCCAUAAGGUUUUCUGGUGGAGGCUACUCUUUACCAGAACCUUACAUUGCCAACAACUUCCAUGGCCUUCCAAAUUAUAGAGUUGAUGGCAGACUAAUGACGUUUGAAGAUGGUUAUCGAUUCCCAAAUAGGUUCAACUGUUGAAAAUGUCUAGCAUGCCUUCAGAAACCAUGGAUUCGAGAUCUUCUUUAUAAAUUUUUCUUUUUCAAUUGUUGAAAGAGGUAAAGUUGGGAACUUUCAACAAUCCUUUGCUUCAGGACAUCAGAGAACAUUGUUAUAUGAUUCCUCAAAAAAACAAAAAAAAUUAUACGACCUCAAAAAAGGCAGUGAAGUUUGUUUUUAUCUAUGCUAUUGAAGGAGAUUAAUGUGUGCCUUAUGGCAUGGGGUUAGAGAGGAAAUGCUCAUUCAAUCAGCUCGGACAUCUCAUUUUUUUUUAUAUUUUUUUUGUUUUUGGUCCAUCAAGUUUCAAACAUCUGCUAUUUUGCCUCUCCUUGUUCAGGUAUUUUCUUUUAACAUCUUGUUAAGCAUAAAUCAAAACAUACUUGAGAGAUUUUUUUUUUCUUUUUUCUUUUUUCCCUCAAUAUUUUUUUUCCUUUGAUAAUACUUCCAAUGUAAUUCAUUAUAGAUCUUUCCUAU